AUGACCAGCAAAGUAUAUCCGGAGCUGUCCACCGCUGCAGCCAACUUGACUUUUACAAACGAUGGAGUGUCGCAAGAUACUUUCUGGCAUGUGGCAGAGAGCUUCAUCAAAGGUGUUGUCCCUCUGGCUGAUGCUGGUGGUGGUGUGGCAAUCCGUACACGUAGAGGUCGUCUAAUUCCCUACUCCACAGUGACGUCUGAUACCGCCGCUUUUGUGACAGCCUUGCGGUCGAUCGCCGAUUAUGAGGUUUUGAUCUCUGGGGUCUCACUCAAUGUCCUCGUCUUGGAGGCUGGGCCCGACAAGACCUCGGAUCCCCAGCUGCAAAAUCCAGCGUUAUGGCACGCUCUCUGCGGCACCGACCUCGAUUGGCAGUUCAAAACGGUGAGCCAGACGGGCCUGAACAACUGCGAACAAGAUCUCCCCGCAGGCAAGGUUCUGGGUGGCUCCUCUGCCAUCAACGGGGCGGCCUUUCUACCUCCCUCGCCUGCUGGAAUCGACACGUGGAGCAGACUAGGCAACUCGAAGUGGUCUUGGAAGGAUCUAUUGCCGUAUUUGCGGCAAACCUUUACGCUGACCACUCCUCGUGGGAUUCCUCUCUCUGAAGUUGGUCUGAAUGAGCAUGUGCAUACAGGGGCCGGCGGGCCCAUCCAAGUCACCUAUCCUGCUCUAGCGGAGAAGGCAAACCACCCGCUCAUUCGGGCCUGGAAUAAAGUCUUUCAAGAGAAGGGCUAUGGGUUCCAGCCCGAUUUGAUCCUUGAAGGAUCUACUGUAGGCGCCCGGCCACACACUGCUACGGUUGACCCAGAGUCCGGUCUCCGGAGUAGCGCUGACAUUGAGUAUCGCGUCCUCAAGAAGAAAUAUCGACCUAACCUUCAUAUUGUGACGGGCGUAACUGUGGAUCGGAUCAUACUGUCCAACGACGCCGAAUCCAAUGAAGUUUUGGCUACAGGGGUCCAAGUUCGCCUUGCGGACGGGAAGUUGACCGAAAUCAAAGCCACGAAUGAGGUCAUCCUGGCCGCCGGAGCCUUCCAGACACCCAAGCUUCUCGAACUCUCUGGAAUCGGCAGCAAAGCCGUACUUGCCCGCUAUGGCAUCACACCCAUCAUAGACAAUCCCGGUGUUGGCGAGAACUUACAGAACCAUUCGAUGUAUGUCCAGCCCGUCGGGCUGAAGCCCCAAGAAGACACCGUCACCGCAGGGCUGCAAGCCUUGGCCUUUGUUCGAACUGGUGAAGAAGCCCAUCUCGCUGCAAGAUAUCUCUCUCCCACAGACCCUGAAAAGGUGAUCUGCGAUAAUAUCUUGAGAAAUUCGGAAGAAGCUUCCGCCAACUUCUUUGAGCACCAGGCCAGUCAGCAACGUCGCCCUCCUGGGCUUGAUUCAGUGCUAUCCCUUGUCCAGAGUAAACCCGAGGUCGAUCCACGCUUUUACUCGAAUCCAGUGGAUAUUGAGCUUAUGGCUAGGCACUUACAAUCCCUUUUCCAGGUCGCUGCGUCUCCCACCCUGCAGCCCUUCUUGGAUUGCACGGCAGUACAGGUGCCCGAGGAUUUAGAGGCAGCUAAGGCGCUUCUCCGCGCAUCGGCUCUCACUACCCACCACUCAUGUGGCACAGCUGCCAUGUUACCUCGUGAACAGGGUGGGGUGGUCGAUCAAGACUUGAAAGUCUAUGGGACAAAGAACUUGAGGGUCGUGGAUGCUAGUGUCUUCCCAUUGAUUCCGUAUGGGAACCCAAUGGCGACGGUGUAUGCGGUUGCUGAGAGGGCAGCCGAUCUGAUUCAAUCAACAGUUGAUAAGAAGUAA